GUGCACUUCAGGCCCAUGGCCUCUUCUUUGGACCCUGCUGUCUUCUUCAGCCCCUCAGCCAUGGGCCAGCUGAACUUCAGCACACCCAGCCACAUGACCCAGCUGCACCCGCAGCACCAGCGCAUCCUGAUGCAGCGGCAGGGCAGGCAGGUGCAGAGUGUCUCCCCCAAGAAGCUGUGGUCUCGGAAGGUGGACCCUUAUGCCGGGCUGAUGACUUCCAAGGAGAAGGACUGGGUUGUCAAGGUGGAGAUGAUGCAGCUGCAGAGUGAGAAUAUAGAUGAUGACUACUACUACCAGACCUACUACCACCGGCUGGAGCGCAAACAGGCGGAGGAGGAGCUGCUGGGCAGGCGCAACAAGCCCCCCAAGCUGGUCACACCUUUCAUCCAAAAAGUGGAGACCUAUGACUCCGUGGUGCGCAUCGCGGGCUCCUUGGGCCAGGUCACAGUGUCCACCUGCUACAGCCCUCGCCGGGCCAUCGAUGCUGUGCACCACGCCCUCGUGGAGGAGGAGGCUGCAGGGACCCACCGGCUGCGGGCGCUGCACAGGAUUGAGAAGCUCUUCCUGCAACUGCUGGAAGUAGAGGAGGUGCAACAGAAAACGUCCCCAGGGGAGCAACAGCCCCAGAAGCAGGAGCAGAAGAGCCAAAAAGUGGAGAGUAUCUACCAAGCCUUGAAAAUCAGGGCUUGCAGCAGUGAAGAGGAGGCAGAAGAUGAAUUCCUGCAGCUGCUGUGUGUGCGGAAGGGCAAGAAGCUCGUGGCCCGGCUGCUGCCCCACCUGAUGGGAGAGCAGAGGGAGAAGAUCCUGCUGGCAAUCACCUACCACCUGCCCUUCCUCAUGAAGAAGGACGUGCUGGAUGAGUCUCUCCCCCUGCUCUACAGCCCCUUGAAUGAGGUGGUGGGUGAGAUGACCUUCAGCAAACUCAUCGAGGUCCUGCAGGAGCUUACCCGGCCUCUGCCUGAGUCUACGGAGCUCCCCCUCACCAUGGCCUUGAAGAACCAGUUUGGCAUCUCCUUGCUGUACUCCCUGCUGAGCCACGGAGAGAGGCUGCUGUCCUCACACGCGCCGCUGAAGCCGUGCAGAGGGGACUUCGAGGCCUGGACGGACACGGUGUACCUGAUGUCCCAGGAGCUGUCACGCCUGCCCACAGCCUCGCUGGCAGAGCCUCUCUUCCUGCCCAGCAACCUCGUCCUGCUCUUCUGCCGCUACCUGGACAAGCAGACAGUUUACCACCUGGCAGCCAAGAUGGCUGAGUGCUCCCCGCUGCCCACCGAGGCCGACAUGCUCUGCUGAGCCCCGGCAGCGGGGGUGGCGUCUGCAGCCGGGAAUGGGCAGGGCCCGAUGCCGCGGCUUUGGAA